UUAAAGCGGGACUUACGAAUGGAAGUGGUACGCUUUUCUCAACGGGCCGCUAGGUGGCGGUAAACAAAAGGACAGCUACUUCCUGCGCAGCUCCGGAUCUGGAUGUUAGGUGACAUUACAUCCGGUUGAUUUUCGCCGAUUUUUUUUAAAGGAAGACAGUUUUUGUAUUAUUUUUUUCUUUCCGGGGGGACGGUUGAAAUGUUUGGCUGAUUCCAUCAGAUAAUUGGAGUGUUACCGGAACUCCCCCGGGGACUUGGUUUGGCCUUUCCCAUCGAGGCUAGCCCAUUGUUAGCCUAGCUUAGCUUUAGCCAUGCUCUGCGCUUUCGUUUGCGACCAGGACUGUGGCUUUUCGGUGGACUACUACUGCUGCUAGCUGUUGCUGUGUGUUUGCCUCGCUUUCAACCCCCAGCUACUUUGACCGAUAUUUAUCUUGCGUCGUGAGUCGGGGCUGUAAUUUGGUGUGUUUGCCACUAUGGCUUCUUCCUCUGGAAACGACGAUGACCUCACCAUCCCCAGAGCAGCGAUCAACAAAAUGAUCAAGGAAACUCUCCCAAAUGUGCGAGUGGCCAACGACGCCAGGGAACUAGUGGUGAACUGCUGCACUGAGUUUAUACAUCUGAUCUCAUCUGAAGCCAACGAGAUCUGCAACAAGUCCGACAAGAAAACCAUAUCACCGGAGCAUGUCAUCAACGCUUUGGAGAGUCUUGGUUUCGCGUCGUACAUCACGGAGGUGAAGGAUGUCCUGCAGGAGUGCAAAACUGUUGCACUGAAAAGAAGGAAGGCAAACUCCAGAUUGGAGAACCUGGGCAUCCCAGAGGAAGAGUUGCUCCGACAACAGCAGGAACUGUUUGCCAAGGCGCGCCAGCAGCAGGCCGAACUGGCCCAGCAGGAAUGGUUGCAGAUGCAGCAAGCCGCCCAGCAGGCACAGAUGGCUGCAUCUGCCAGUGCAGCCCAACAGGCAGGCUCCUCUCAGGAUGAAGAUGAUGAGGAUGACAUGUGAUCCAAUGAACUCAAAACUUUACCAAUUGUCAUAAAUGGAAACGUUUGGUACCAGAGUGUCUCAGUACUGUGAUCCUCAGCAGGGAAGUCUGCUGUUCUUGUCACGUGGAAUUAUACGUUGGAACCGAGUGAGAACGACGAAGAGAGAACGACUGCAGGCUUAGAUUCCAGCACCUGAACGUUAUUUGGAUCCAGUUGUCAUUGAAUCAGUCUUGUUAAACCUAUCUUUACUUCCUUUGUUCAUAUUUGUUGAUCUCUUGAUCUUUUGUGGAAACUGUGAGGUCAAGUGAUGAAACAGGAAUUGUUGAAUCCUGAACUACUUUCACAGCUUCUGACUGGUUGUUCCACACAUUUGCUGCAGCUGGUCUUUUUUACAUAUGCUUUUCCUUUCAUCCUGCUUGUGAUGCAUUUCAUGACUUAUGGGGGGGAUAAAUAUUGGAAUUGUAUUUGUCAGCUAGAGUACAUAGAUUAUUAGUUCAGCUUCUGAGUUAUGUUAUUUCUUUUUAACAACCCUCCUCAGUAUUGCUGAUAAGCACCAGGACAUUUUGCCAGUAGAACCAAAGAUGGAGGUCACAUAGAUGACUAAUAGUUUUUUCUGCAAGCAAUUCUUAUUUCAGAGCACAUGUGUGGGAAGAAGGUAAUUAACCUCAGACUUUGUCAGUUUGAGUUUGACGUUCCGCUCACAGUAUCAAGACUUUGCCAUGAGCAGCGUAAAGACAACUAGAGUGACACACAUGUACAUACUAUGACCUUGUUGUAUUCUUUGAGCAAUAAAGGAGAUAUGUUUUAUA